GUCGCGGUCGUAAUCCGCCGGUUUCGCGUUUACGGUGGUUUUUAAAAAAAAAAAUUUUUUUUGGUUUUGAGUUUCCGUGGUCGUCUCCAUCCGUUUCGCGUGUUUUUUUUUUUGUGACCUAGAUAUCCGCACCGCCUACGAGUUCUGGACGAGAUUUGCCCCGACAAACGAUUCGGGAACUCGAUAUGAUACAGAAUGUAAUUUUUUAAAAAAAAAAAAACGUUCGAAAAAACGCUUUGGUCCGAUUUUGAUGUUGUCAUGUCAUAAUGUCAAAAUUUUAACGUGUCACGUUUGACUAAUAUUAAUAAUAUUAUUAGCUAUACAUUAUUUCGCUUGACUGUUUUCGUGAAAUUACGUGGCUGCUCUAACGUUUCUGUUUGUUUGUUUGUCUGUUUUUGAUUUUCUACCAAGAUAUAUGCAAGAGUUGUUAACUUCGUGAAAGAGCAUGUGGAAUAUUUAAUUUAAACAUGUCGACUACCCAUUCACCAAAUUAUUGAUAUCAGACGUAGGAGACAUCGAUGCUGCAUCUCGGCGGCGCACGGCUGGCGCUCGGACGACGGCCACGGACGCGAUGAACUCGUCGGCCGGUGGUCAAAACGGGACGGCCGGAAAUCGGUCGUCGUCGCCUUUCCCCGAGUGGAGCGGGAGCGGCGGCGGUGGCGGUAACUGGUCCGUAGUGCUCUGUCCCGUGUUCGAGGGCGACGGGACGGACGAGGACGACUUCAACCUGCUGUUCGAGUUCAUCACGUACGGCGUGCUGCUGAACGUGAUCGGCUUGUUCGGCAUACUGGGCAAUGUGAUAUCCAUGGUGAUCCUGUCCCGGCCGCAGAUGAAGUCGUCCAUCAACUACCUGCUGAUCGGCCUGGCCCGGUGUGACACGGUGCUGAUCGUCACGUCCAUUCUACUGUUCGGGCUGCCCGUCGUCUACCCGGCCACCGGACACCUGUUCAACUACUACUUCAAGGUGUACCCGCUGAUCGCGCCCGUCGUCUACCCCAUAGCGAUGGUCUCGCAGACCGUGUCCGUGUACCUGACGCUCACCGUCACCCUAGAGCGGUUCGUGGCCGUCUGCCACCCGCUCCGCGCCCGGUCACUGUGCACGUACGGCCGGGCCCGGGCCUACGUAGUGGCCACCAUCGCGUUCGCCAUCCUCUAUAACGUCACCAGGUUCCUGGAGGUGCGCGUCCAGAAGUGCAUGCACACCGGUUACAACCAGUACGUGUACCAGGUAUACCCCAGCGACCUGCGCAACGACCGCGACUACAUAUCCGUCUACAUACAUUGGAUGUACCUGCUCAUCAUGUACUUCAUACCGUUCGGGUCACUGGCCGUGCUCAACGCCGCCAUUUACCGCCAGGUGAGGAGGGCCAACCGAGAGAGGCAGCGGCUGUCGCGGCUGCAGAAGAAGGAGAUCGGGCUGGCCACCAUGCUGCUGUGCGUGGUGGUCGUGUUCCUGCUGUGCAACGUGUGGGCGCUCAUAUCGAACGUGGUGGAAGCGUUCUAUGGCAUCACCGUCGACCAGCUGGUCAAGGUCAGCAACCUGCUGGUGACGAUCAACUCGUCCGUCAACUUCGUCAUCUACGUGAUAUUCGGCGAGAAGUUCAAGCGGCUGUUCUUCAAGCUGUUCUUCCCACGGGGCGUGUGGAUGUGCGGAUGGCACUUCGCCACCGAUGGCCGCGGAGGCCCGGGCGGCGGCGGCGGAGGUGGCCACGCGGCCAUGGACGACAGCGAGGCCACGUGCAACGGGGCGACGGCUUUCGAGUGCAGGCAAUUGGCCUCCGCGGCGGGCGGUUCCUCGUUGUCCGCGGACCACUUCAAGCGGUCCCACCGCGGCCGUCACCAUCACCAACACCACCAUCAUCAUCAUCACCACCAUCACCACAGCAACCGGGACGGCGAUCGUCUGGACCACCAGCACGGGACGGCGGCUAACGACGGCGGAUGUGGUAACGGUGGUAACGGUGCUUCCGACGACCGGGAACUCUGCUCGAAGACUCCAACCAACAGCGGUAUGAUUUGGGAACACUCGACCACUACCACCACGACCACCGUUAACGUACAUCAGAUCUGAGCGUUGUCGGAUUCGAAAUGUGUUUUCACUUUGUCAUAGAUGCUUCACAAAACGUGUGUGUGUUUUUUUAUUUUUAUUUCAACAAAUAUAUCAUGUUACCAACUAGAUUAGGUCGGGUGAUGAGUAAGAGAAUGGUGGUGAGAAAGAGGAGGAAAGUCGGACGAUUUGGUGGAAAUUGAAGGGAUGAAAUAUAUCAUAUUAGACGUUGACGGUUGGACAUUAUUACUGUCCGAUAUCUUACAAAAUUUUGUUUUUUUAAAACGUUCAAAAUUCCAUUAGGAAAAAAAAUUGGUCGACUAUAAUAAAUAUUGUAUAAUCGGUGAUCGGUUGUGCUAUCGUCUUGAUAAUCGAUAACACGAAAUAUUGGCCACGGGUGAUUUGAUAUAAUAUUUCAUGUGCAUAGCCAUUUUUUUUCACACAACUUCGUGGUUCACUGAACUUCAUCUAUUUGAUCAUGCCGCAUUAAGAUCAUUAUACGACAGCACCCAAGGGACGAUCGCUCGCCAUUGCGGUUACAUGAGAGAUAGCGCGUGGUACCUACAUACAUGCUACCAGCUACUACCGAGGCUGGGCAAAUCAUCUGAUUUUUUUUUUAACUUGUUAAGUUGAGUUGAUUAAAGUCAAGAAUAACGUUUUUUUUUUAAAUUAUAAAAAUUGCAAGUUAAAUUAAAAUUUAGUAAUUUAGUGAAAUCAUUAAAAUUAUUUUAUUUAAACCGAAUAUUUGCGAUCAACUCCAAAGCACAUAUUAAUUUGAUGAAAUUAUACACACAAUAUCAAAUAUAAAAUAAGUAUAAUAAUAGUUAUUUAUAACAUAAAAAUACUCAACAGAUAGGAUGAUACAAUCUACUAACUACUAACAUUGUUUAUUUAUUAAUUAGACGAGUAUUAACUGGGCUGGUUUAUUUUUUUAGAGAUCAUGACACCAACGUCACUUAGCUAGUGUUUGGAUUAGAUAAGACGUUUUUUAUCUAGAUAAAGAUAAAGUUAAUGCAACUCUAAAAUAUCUAGAUGGAUAUAAAAGAUAACUUAACUCAUAUUUAUCUAUAUAAAGAUAAAUUUAAAGAUAAAUACUUUUUUUAUCUAGAUAAGAAUAAAGAUGCAAUUUUUUUUUAAAUGGGUUUAAAUUUAGGUAUAUUUUAGUUGGGCACUAGGAACAUAAUAAUAAUAAUGGUAUAAAUAAAAAUAAUUACAUUAUUUAGAAACUAUAAACUUGGUUUGCGAAUCCGUAUAAAUAUUUAAAAUGUGUUUGUACAAUUUCGCGAUUUUUAUCAAUAAAAAAUGUAUCUAGAUGAAUUUAUUUAGAUUAGUAUAAAAAUUAUCUAAGAUGAACGUUUAGAUACCUUGUAACUAUUUAACUAGAUAAGAUAAAAGAUGAACAAAUAAUUAUCUAGAUAAGUCCGAACACUGCUCUUAGCACAUCAAACUGAGUUCUCUGAUAUUUGGUGUUAUUGUCCAGACGUUUGAAAUUAAAGUGCUUGGAUGAGAAUAUAUAUAUAUAAAACUUUUCCGUGGAAAUUUAUAAUAAGAAGUAUUUAUAUCCAUUAAUUUGAAGUCCAGAAACACUUUAUUCGAAAAAUCGACAUUCUACAAUUUAGUAUUCACAAUACCAAAUAUAAAUAACAUUUACUUAUAAAAAAAAUAUUAUCGUUUUCUUUUUCACACAUAUAUGUUUUUGGGUUGGAUAUAUGAAUUUGUCAUUAUAACCAAUCUCUGUAACGCUUUGUUUAUUUCAAUAGAAAUGCAAAUCAACAAUAAUAAGUUACUAUUCUAAAAAUAUUACCAUGCUUCUAGAUAUUUUUCCUCUACCUACACUAUAAUUAUACCCGAAAACAUAAUAUAGUAUAUUAUGAUUCCUCAAUUUUCUUGCAGAGGAAAAAUAUUUAGCUAUUUUAUCUUGGUAGGGGAUUUUCGGACUGGCAUUUUUCUUUGUGUCUAUAAAAACAAUAAAUUGUACAAAACAAAAUUAAUUUCAAGUAUAAUAAUAUGGAGUUUAAUUAUUCGAAAACAAUAUUAAGUUAACGGGACUUUACAAUCAAUUAACUGAUAAGUAACAAAUUUUUACUCCAGUCCAACCUAAUUCCUAACUAGGUAGUUAAGAGUAAUAUUUAACUUUAACUUUUUGUUGCCCAGCCUUGCAUAUUACGCGUCACAAUCCGGAGAUCGCACGUACGUGUGUAAUAUAUAAUAUGGUUUUAUAUUUUUAAUAAAUGCUUGUGAUGGUAUCAGUUAAGUAUGUAAAGGAGAAUGAUUCGUUGGUUCAACAUCGAACGGCUGAAUGCGAGCGCAUAUCAUAUCUCGUCUAAGGCACCUGCCACCUGUCAGAUAAAAUCAUAUCAUCAGGAAAAGAACAUCGUUCGGUAUUUUUAUAGCCACCGUUAUUGUUAUUAGUAAGCAACACGUGUCGCGUUCUUGUGGUUUUAAUUGUGUGUACAACGGGAAAAUGUACGACGUACGCACAUAAUUAAAAUGUAUUGAAUAAUAAUCAUUAAACUAUAAUUUGUUGCAAUAAUUUUUCCUCUUACAGAUCAAAAAAAUGUGGCAAUUAUAUUUUUUUAUUGUCUUGUGUACAAAAUAUGCGCCCACGGAGUGCAUUCUGAUGACGUCACUAGUUUUGUUUACAUCCCGGAUGACCUCACCGUUUCCACAAUAAUACAAUAUUAUACUCUACGGCACAGCUGUGAAAUCCGAAUCCCGUGUUCGUAUACCUAACUGAAAACAAAUAUUUUUUAAUUUUUUUUUUCAAAGCGAAAUCCCAAGACUUUUAGAAAUUCGGAAGCGUUACCCGAGUCAUACAAUAUAUUAUACUGAAACGCGGACAAACAGUUUCCGCAUACCUAUAUAACACGUGGCGUAUGUCAAAACGUCAUUCGGGUUUUAAUCUCAUUUCCCGCCCGCAAUCUGACCCCGAAACCAAAUCGUACCGAUGAUACCUAACGUGGGUAGAUAUAGGACCGAUGAAGUGGUUCCGUCUUUUCAUAUCCAAACUCAAUAUUGAAAUCCCCCAAACACGUCAGCGAAUUCAUCUAAUAUUAUAAUGUACCAUAUUAUAUUAUUAUUAUUAUUAUUAAGUCGUAUUUACGUGCAUGUAUAUGCCGAUUUCCGUGUAUAUUAUAUAAUAUAUUAUACUAUGUGUAUAUAAUUUGAUUUGUGUUUGUAUAUGUGUGUUCUUGUACCUACAUUAAAUUAUAUAAUGACACAAGUAUGGGUGGGUGGGUAUACUGCGUUUUCAGAUUCAAUAGUACGUCACGACGUUAAGGUUGCAAAUAAAAUGACGUCCUGAGUUCCGUUAAACUUGUUUUUAAUUCGAUAUUUACUUUGAAUACCUAUUAUACUUGUACGAAACUCCUAUAUUGAUGUUGUCGUAAUAUUAUUUUUAUUAUUACUAUCGUAUGUUACGACGUAUGUUAUGAAAAAGCCUUGUUGUACGCGUAGUAAUACAGAAAAUACAAGCCAUUGAUAAUAUCAUCCGAGUCAAUGUAAACUGUACUGUAUACAAUAUUUAUUAUUGAUAUUUUUCCUUUCAUGUAUGUCACUAUGUAUAAUAUAAUUAAUAUGCUAUUUUUAAAUAUUAUGAUAAAAAAAAAAAAAACUGUAUACCAUCAUCAUUUUUGUGUAUUUCUUUUUAUAUGUAAAAAAUCAAAAGUAUAUACAAAAUACUUCUUUUUUUUUUAAAUUUUAAAUAACUUACUAUCUACAAUAUUAUGUAAAAUAUAUGUAUUUAAUUCAAUAACAUUAAAAUAUAUAUACUUAUGUUCACAAA